CAACAACGUUGUGAGCCAGCGAGAUAAACAGAGAUUUACAGGAACUAGUUUUUGUGCCUUGACCAAGGAAGGUUCCAUUCUCAACAUUACUUUUGACGAUUGGCGAGAUCAUAUGCCAUGGCGGACGUGAAAACUUUAGAGCACUCUACCCUUAAAGUUCCUUAUGAGUUGUUGAACAAACAGUUUCGGGCAUCACAGAAGGUUAUUGAUCGUGAAGUGUCAAAGGUGAAUGUUACAGCUGGUGAGUUUGAGAAAAAGAUGAAAGAACCUACACUAACCGUCGGUGAUGUGACCUCAGCACUGACUACUAUGGUGGAUAAUUUGUCUAUGCUUAAGCGAAAGGCAGAGGAAAGCAUUCAGGAGGAAAUUGGUGCUACUCACGUCAUUAAACGCAGACUUGCUCACCUUCAAGAAAGAAAAUCAUAUGGAGAGCAGGACAGUUCUCCCCCUCUGACAUGGCAGAAGAACAGGCUAGACCGCAUGCUGGUGGAAUACUUUCUCAGAGCAGGCUAUUAUAAUUCUGCUUUGAGACUUGCCAAGCAUUCAAACAUUGAGGAUUUGACCAACAUUGAUCUUUUCAUGAUGUCAAAAGAAAUUGAAGAUUCUUUAUCAAAGUUUGAAACCAAGCCUUGUCUUAAUUGGUGUGCGGACAACAGAUCAAAGCUUCGCAAAAUGAAGAGUUCUCUGGAAUUCAAUGUGAGGAAACAAGAAUUUGUGGAGCUGAUCAGAGAAAACAAACGUGUGGACGCUAUCAAACAUGCUCGGAAGCAUUUCUCUUCUGCAGAGCCCCAACAAGUGGCAGACGUACAGAAGCUCAUGGGAAUGCUCGCUUUUGAUUGUAACAGACAAGACAACCCAUACUCAGAUCUUCUGAGCAAGGAUAACUGGCAGAGUCUGGUUUUACAAUUCCGUUAUGACAACUUCAAACUCCACCAGCUCAACAGUACCUCUGUGUUCACAGCAACUCUGCAGGCUGGUUUGUCUGCUCUGAAGACUCCUCAUUGUUACAAGGAUGAGAUGUCCAUGAGGAACCCGGACUGUCCUGUGUGCAGCACCCAUAUGAAUGAGCUGGCACAACCCCUUCCCUUCUCUCACUGUGCUAACUCAAAACUUGUCUGCAGUAUUACUGGAUUUGCUCUGAAUGAGCACAAUCCUCCCAUGAUGCUGCCAAAUGGAAGAAUUUAUGGAAUGAAGGCUCUGGAGAACAUGGCGGGAGACAACGAUGGCCGUGUUGUUUGUCCUCGCACUCAAGAGAUAUUCCAUGUGGAUGACCUUGAGAAGGUGUUUGUCAUGUGAGCCACCGACCACGGCUUGGAUGAUCUGGGAAGAGCAUGAGACGAGUGACCAAGGUUUGCACAGGGAACUGCAGGAGAGCAUUAUUCAUGAACCAACCAAAACUUUGUGCCAUCUCUAUGUUGUGUGUCGAUCAGAUCUGUGACAGAAACUGCAUUGUUGUGUGGAAAUGUGUUGGACUGAAUGGAUUCAACUUAGAUUAUUUCUUUACCUGCACCCUAAUAAAAGGAUCUUUCUCGCUAUUUUAUACAUACUCCGUGGGUGGUUGGCGGGUGUUCUGGUGUGGUUUGCUCCUUCUUUCCUAUCAAACAUCUAUCAUCUUUAUCUGUCCUCCUCCUUUUUUGUGUUUGCUAUUCUCUUGUAACACCUCUAAUCUUUGGUACUUACUGUUAUGUUGCAAGUGCUGUAAAACACUUACUAAAACAUACAUACCCCGAAAGGGGCUUAGGGUUUCUAAGUUAGAGUGAAAAAAUCUGAUAGGUGUAUAAUGUUUUAAAAACCUAGUCAGAAAAUAUUUCAGUGACUGCCCUCAGGUAUACUUGUUGCAGUGGUGAGGGGUGGAGGUGUUAAGGUGCAAAAAGUUUUUCAAAAAGUAAUUUGACUUUUUCCAACUGCCAUUAUAUGAUCAUGUCAGAUUUUUGUAUGGUGGCUUUAAUGGCUAUUGUGAUAAAAGCUAGUAAUAAUAAUAAUAGUAAUAAUAGUAAUGAUGAUAUAAUAAUAAUAAAAACAUGGAUAAUUAGAGAAACAAGCGAGGCUUACCUUGGUAAGGUGAUGAUUGUUUCCAGUUUUGUGGAAACAGUCGUCAGGAAUGGAGGUGUGACUUGAGAACCGCGGUACCGGUAGCUGGUCAGACUUGAGAGGGAGCUUAUGAAUGUUUGUUUUUCUUUUCUUUUCAAUUUCACGAUAGGAAUAUAAUUUAGAUGAGAACAAGGGAGGGGAGGGAAGGUGCUUCACAAUGCAUAACUCUGGUUUAGGAGAAAAGGCCAGCAGCUCAAUUGGGGCUUGAUACGAGUCUCUGCUUGAAUGUUUCAACAAAUCUUAGAUGAAGAAAGUACAGCUUUUUUCUGCUAACCGCAUAUGGUUAAUGUCUAAAGCACGCAAUGUUUGGAUACGUUGGCUUGUGAGAAGUGCUAGAAGCAUACUGACUUUUCAGGUAAUGGCCACCAAAUUUUCAGCAUCUCUAACACAUUAUCAACAUUCCAA